AUGGGCUUUAAUCACGUCCGCCGCUUUGCUUCCCAGGCUGCCAAACCACGAAGACUCAAUGUUCCCAUCGAUUUUGCAAAGACUCCUCUACUGCAUCACAACCGAGAAACCCUUUCCCAAACCCCGGGCAUUCCGACCGACGGUCCCUCUACACGCAAGAACUUGUUCCAAUCCGUCAACGACGCGUUGCGUACUGCCCUGGGCGCAUCUAACAAGGUUCUUUGCUUCGGCGAGGAUGUGGCCUUUGGAGGUGUCUUUCGUUGCACAUCUGGUCUGCAGAAUGACUUUGGGCCACAUCGCGUUUUCAACACUCCAAUUACCGAGCAGGGUAUUGUUGGUGCAGCCAUUGGUGCCGCUGCAGAGGGCAUGAAGCCUGUGGUUGAGAUUCAAUUUGCCGACUACGUCUUUCCAGCCUUUGACCAGAUCGUCAACGAGGCAGCCAAGUUUCGAUAUCGUGAAGGUAAAACAGGUGGCAACGUUGGCGGUCUCGUUAUCCGCAUGCCUUGUGGUGGCGUUGGUCACGGCGCGCUCUACCACACGCAAUCGCCUGAGUCUCUAUUUGGCCACGUCCCCGGAUUCAGAGUCGUAAUGCCUCGAUCCCCAUCGCAAGCGAAGGGUUUGCUUCUUUCAGCGAUUCUCGAAUCCAAAGAUCCCAUUAUCUUCAUGGAACCCAAGAUCCUGUAUCGAGCCGCGGUCGAAGAAGUUCCUGACGAGUCGUACACCUUGCCUAUUAGCAAAGCCGAGGUUGUUAAGCCCGGAAAUGAUGUCACAAUCAUCUCGUACGGACGGCCAUUGUACACUUGCAUGGCAGCUAUUGAGGCUGCCGAGCGAGACCGUCCUGGACUAAGCAUCGAGCUCAUUGAUCUGCGAACCAUUUUCCCGUGGGACCGACAGACAAUCCUCGACAGCGUUGCCAAGACAGGGCGUGCUCUGGUAGUCCACGAGAGUAUGGUGAACUUUGGAGUCGGCUCUGAGAUUGCAGCUACGAUACAGGAACAUAAUCUACUAAAAAUGAAGGCACCCGUGAAGAGAGUGGCGGGAUGGACAACACACACAGGGCUAGCUUACGAGAAAUAUAUCUUCCCAGAUGUUGCCAGGGUAUAUGAUGCAAUUCUAGAGAGUAACGAUUAUUAG